AUGGCUCUCGAAUUACCUCGACGCGAAUCAUUCGCAGCCCGUAGCGGCAACUCGUACUCUUACAUCCAUAUCCAGCCGACAUCUCGAGACACCACGCUCCUCUUACUCCAUGGCUUCCCAUCCACUCUCAGCGACUGGAUUCAUCAGAUUCGCUAUUUCUCAUCAGAAGGAUACGGAAUCUUGGCUCCCGACUUGCUUGGAUACGGCUCCAGCAGCAAGCCCAGUGAUGUCCAUCAAUACCGUCUGAAAGCGAUGGGAGAUGAGUUGAUUGAACUGCUCGACCACCUGAACCUGCAAAAGGUCGUCGGCAUCGGCCAUGACUUUGGCGCCACGCUCCUAUCACGCUUGGCAGUGUAUCAUCCGGACCGCUGGACAUGCCUCGUCUUUCUCGCAGUCGGACCUCCUAGAUUAGGUACGCCAUUUGACGUCAACAUGAUCAACAAGAUGACCAAGGAGUUCUUGGGGUUUGAGAUGCUUGGAUACAUCCCAUGGAUAGCCGACCCAGCUACACCUUCAAGCUUGGAAAAGCAUGCUGAAGCAGCAAUGAGCCUCAUCUUCUGUCGCGACCGACAGGCAUGGGACGAGUGGUUCCAUCCUCUUGGCAAGAUGAAACAAUUCGUCACAGAAGACCGAAGGCUCCCAAUCGGUCCAUGGUACACAGACGACCUCCAAAAAGAGCACCUCAAAGCCUUUGGAGUGUCGGAUGGAUACAAGGGCGCAUCGAGGUGGUAUCGCAUGUGGAUGGACAAUCUCUUUGCACCAGACGAGAAAGGCUUUGAAAACUUCCAAAUUUCCCAGCCUCAAAUGCUCGCAUCAUGGGCUCCCAAGCUACAGACUGUCAAGUUGGAUGCUGGCCACUGGAUACACCUAGAGCGACCAGAAGAAACCAACACAGCCAUCCAGCAAUUCCUGGAGGCAGAAUAG